AUGGGGAUUAUGGAUUGCGGUUGUUGGACUCAGAUACCGCAUGCAGUAUCCAAUGCGACCGGACGAGAUAAAAAUGUCUUAGUCUGUAUAGAGUCGGCCGUGAAUUGGUACAUCCAGAAGUGGAUACCUAUGUCGCCUAUCUUUACACUGGACUCGACUCUUGCGGAAAAUGGAGCUCUUUCGCUUGGAUUAGAUCUUGGCCGAAGAACUGCCAUUGCCGCUACACAAAAUAUUGCUGCGCCCAUCGUGGGCUUCGAAAUCUCUUAUUCUCCUUACGAAAUGGCUCGCUAG